AAGUUUCUCCAAUGGAAGUAGAUCAACCAAGUUCUGAGAAAUCCAGCUUCAAUUUUGAUGAUAAAAUGAUAGGUCGAAAUUCAAGCAAUAAUAUCGAUAAUAUGGAUCUGGAAUAUUUGGAUACUGCAAAUUCUACUGCAACUCAAGAUUUUAAAGCCAGUGCAUCUAAUGUUUUUUAUGAUAAUUUUCCUCCUCAAACUAUAAAAGUUAAUGCUGCAGUUCAAGUCAAGAUAAGAAGUUUGUAUAGGAGUACACAAAUUCAGUGUAAACCUCAAACAAAAGACCGUGCAACUUCUCCCAUUAAAAUAUUCUCUGGAGUAAAAAAUUUGGAUGACUCAUGUUCUUCAUCAAUUAGUAAUAAUCAAGUAAUGAACACAUCAAAUACAACAGUAAGUUCAUUCCCAACUUCUUCAGAUAACCUUUUGUCGACAAAUCCAAGUACUGAAAAUGAGUGGAAAAGCCAAUAUCAACAAGAAGAAUUCCAAAAAUUAAAUUUAAAACAAACUUUCCAAAAAAUUCAACAAUCACCUCGUAAAUAUAUCGGUAUUCCAAACGACUGUAUGGAUAUUAUCAAUAUUUUACGGACUGCUAAAUUAAGUGAUGUUGAAAUCUUUCUCACAUUAAAAAAAAUAAGACUAAAUGAAAGUUUUGCUAUUUUAGCAGAUGAUUUUGGGAUGUCUACUUCUAAUGUAAGUCGUACAUUUACUAAGACCUUGCCAAUCAUAACUGAGUAUUUAAAAGACUUCAUUAUUUGGCCUUCAUCUGCAAAAAUUAAACAACAAUUGCCAAUGAGUUUCAGGAGUCGUUAUGCCGCAGUUGAAUCGAUCAUUGAUUGUUUGGAAAUUGAAAUUGAAAAGCCAACAGACCCAGUUAAACAAUCAUUGACAUGGUCAGAAUACAAAAAAUGUAAUACUGUGAAAUAUUUAGUAUCUUGUAUUCCAGAUGGUAUAGUUAAUUUCAUAUCACCAGGUUAUGGUGGUAGAGCAUCUGAUGCAGAAAUAGUUUCAAACUCUGGAUACUUGGAUUAUUUAAAGCCAGGUGCAGCUGUAUUAGCAGAUAGAGGUUUCAAAUAUAUUGAAAAUUUAGUAGUUGCGAAAAAACGUACAUUGAUUAGACCUCCUACAGUAAGCUCUAAUAAGCAACCAACUCAUGAUGAAGUCAUUGCGACGAAACGAAUCGCUAGCCUUCGAAUUCACAUUGAAAGGUUAAUAAGAAGAAUCAGAGAAUUUCAUAUUUGUGAACCUCAUUCAUGUGUUAAUGUUAAAUUGAUUCUGCAAAUGGAUAAUAUUAUCACAAUUGUCGCUGCUUUAACUAAUUUACAAGGACCACUGAUAAAAAAAACAUAA